AUGGCCGACACGCUUCUGGAGCUCGCGUGCCCUGGCUCGACAUCUGAGCCGCCUCGUUCAGCACAGCGGAACGAGCCCCCGCGAGAAAAUUUUGAGUUUUUUAACAAUAAAAAUGCAGGGCGAAACGAGCCUGGGCCGUUGACAGUCUCGCCUUCCCCCGUCGCGUUUCGCGCGGCUGCGCCUCCUAAUGUCGCCCAUCCCGCGGCGGCCGCCACCGUAGUUGCAUCGGCACCUGCGGCGGCGGAUCAUGUGGGAAAACCGUCUCCGAUCUUCGCGCCGCCUGCGUCACUCGCGGCGUUCAAAGCGUCGCUCGACGCGCGCACGAAACUCCAUUCUAACAACGGCUUGUUGUCGAACCUCCCGUCGAACCUCUCCCCGAGUCUGCUUGCCGAGCUUGCCGGCGUUGCUAACGCCGCCGGUCACUCUGCAGCCGCUCCAAACACCACCGCCGCAACUGCCGCAUUAAAUGGCGGAUUUCAAGUCCCCGCAACUGGCGGCGGCGGCGGUGGAAUGAGAAUGGACGAGGCAAUUUUGGCGCUUCAGCCGCUAGUUCGAUUUGGGAUGCAACAGCAGCAGCAGCAGCAGCAGCCACCUGCACAGACGCUUGCGGCGGCGCAAGCAGCGCAGGCGCAAGCGCUUCUGCCAGCGCUGCUCCAGCAAUACGCCAACCUACCGUCGUUCGCCCGCAAUUUCCGUCAGCAAGAUGGCUCCGCCGCCGCCCCCGCCGGGUUACACGGAGCCAGACUCGAUAGUAACACCGCAGCACGUGGCGCGCUCGGCUCGUCGGCUCUUCAGCAAGCCGUUCUCCGCGACAUCGCCCGCGCAACCGGCGCCGCCGCUUUCGGCGCUCCUGCCGGCGUCGGCGGUGCUGUCGGCGCGUCUGCGGGUCUCACUCUCUCCCCAAAACGCGGUUCGAUCGGUCGGGACCUUUGCGCGUCGGCAGCGGGGCCGGCGGAGGCGGCGGAGGCGGCGGAGUUGAAGCUGAGUGUCGGAAUGCAGGCAACUGGCGGGUCUCCUGGCGGGGAAUGUCGUGACGAUGAUUUUAAUCGCGAAGAUCAUCGCCACCGUGCAAUGCAGCAGGACGACGCUAACGACGAUCACGCCCAGCGUCGCACGCACGUCGCCGGCGACGCCGCUGGCGACAGCUCGGGCGACAGCAACGUAGAGACCUGUCCGGGGCAGCAGCGAGGCGCGGGGGCGGGGAACGACAGCCCCGCGGGAAACUGUAGCCCCGGGGGGCCGGGGGGGAGCAGCGGCGGAACCGGCGGAGCGGGCAGGGCGGGGAUGAAGCGGAGCGCGGGCGCGCUGGGGUCGGGGCUGGAUCUGGACGGACUGGGGGGAGACGCUGCGCGCUCGGUGCGUCCGCGCACUGUGGCGGAGCGGAAGAGGCGGAACAAUAUCAGCCACCGUCUGGAGCAGCUGAAGGCGGCCAUUCCGCUGUGCAAUCCGCGCAUCACCACGGAGACACUGCUGUGCGAGACGCUGACGUACAUUGACGCACUAAAGGCCAAAAUCCGCAACUUGCAGGCAGAGAAAGCCAAUCUGCUCGAACACGUGUUGACUCUGUAA